GUCGAAUAACUGAUUGUUUGAAAAAAGGAAACAAUAAACGAUGCAUGGACGACGUCUUGAAUAUAUGUGGCAAUAACAUACAUAAAGACCGAGCAUUCUCAGAUAGUUUCCCUUCAGAAAUCUGCGAAGCUGAUACUUGAUCUAGUGACUUUUUCUCGGACUGAAGACGGACGAGGCGAGAUUCUGGCGUCCGUGGAGCCCUGACGACACGCUUGGUACGCCACUGCACUGCGCUGCUGAGCAUGCGUGGAAAAAUCCUACGAUUUGGGAUCACUGCCCUUCACUCAUUCGCGCACGGUGAAUCGUAGGUGUUGCUCUUAGUUAUAGUAAGGUUUCGCUACAUUUUUAUUUCGCACGCAAAAAUCGCCGACCCUUCGACCCGUCGACAGUCUCGCCGUGUAUUUCGCUCGCGCGGGCCGACGGUGUAAAUAAAAUAUGGAGACGUACGAGGCACGUGAAGAAAAACCACUGGAUGGAGAAUGUGGAUUUGUUUGGCAAGACUAUCUUGAUGCAACAGGAAGUGUGGAAGUGCCACAGAUUUUGUUUCCUCAUGUGGAGUUAACAUUGCAAAAUAGCAUUGAGAUAGGCAUGUCACUGGAGGUUCCAGUGCAAAGAAACAAUGAUAAGGAGGAAACCUCGUAUUGGAUAGCUACUAUUGUUAUGGCCUGUGGACCCUUGUUGCGAUUGCGUUACUUUGGUGGUGACGAUAGAUCUCUGGAGUUUUGGUUCAAUCUUACGAAAGAGGCUGGCCAUGAGCUUGGCUGGAGUGAGAAAAAUGAUAAGAAAUUGAAGCCACCUGAUAUUAUACUUGAGAGAUCACCAGAUUGUAUGGAAAAGGUAGAUGAGUUUAUGGCAACAGCACGUACACUCCCAGCUGAAAUGCUAACAGGGGAUGGCCUAAGUAUGGCAGAUAGGAUAAAAAAGGAUAUGAAAAUUGAGAUAAGUGAUGUGUUGCAUCCAUACAAGUUAUGGGUAGCUACGAUUAUAAAAAACGUUGGGGGUCGUCUUUUAUUGCAAUAUGAUACUCCAGAUUCUAAUUCUAAUUCUUGCGAAGAUUUCUGGAUAUUUUGUACAUCCGAGCGUUUACAUUCGUAUGGAUUUACAUCUAAAUCAGACUCUAAUUGGUUUUUGGAACCACCUAAUUCGAUAAUCGAUUUGCAUCCAUACGAGGAAUGGAAAGAUCUGUUAGAAUCUAAACCAAAAGAUUGCGAUCUAACGGGAGAAUUAUUUAACAACGGUGUAGAGCAUUCGAAACAUAGUUUCGAAGUUGGAAUGAAACUAGAAGCUUUACAUCCAGUAGAUCGAGUGAAAAUUUGUCCUGCUACUGUAACCAAAGUAUUUGACGAUAUAUAUUUUCUUGUAAAUAUUGACGCGCAUUCUGGAUGCUUAAACGAAUCAAAAACAGAUGAUACGCUUGUCUCUAAUAAUUCAGAAAAUAAUACAUGGCUAUGCAAUGCAGAACAUCCAUAUAUAUUUCCAGUUGGAUGGGCGCAAAAAAAUAAUAUUAUGAUUACUCAUCCACAAGGUUGGACUUCAAAGACUGAAAAUUUUGAUUGGAAUGAAUAUUUGGAAGCGUAUCAUGCUACCGCAGCGCCUGAAAACUUAUUUGGUGAGCGUGUGAAUGCCAUUGAGGCAGGGUUUGAACAUGGCAUGAGAUUGGAGGCUGUUGAUCCAGAACAUGAAUAUGCAAUAUGCGGCGCCCACAUCACUAAAAUCGUUGACAAUUUGUUAUGGAUAAAAUUAGAUAGCUACGAGUACUCUCGGCCAGAUCAUGUAGUCGACAUGCAUUCCUUGCACAUAUUUCCUGUGGGAUGGUGUGAAUCUAAUCACUAUCCGUUAAAACCGCCGCAUGACUAUAUCGAAAUUUGUAAAAAGUUAGAAACAUCCGUACAGGAAGAGGAGAAGAAAAAAACUAAUAUUUUGGACAUACCGAUAUCCGAACCGCGCUCUUCUCUUUGGUGCCCAAAGAUAUAUUUUAAUUAUCGAUGCUUCACAGGUCCCAUGAUAUCAAAAGGUAAAUUAGCGACUCUUCCGAAAUCAGUGGGACCUGGACCAGUUAUAUUAGUUAUGCGGGAAGUCUUAUCGAUGAUAGUAUCUGUUGGAUACAGGAGCGCUCGAAUCUUAAAAGUUUUGCAAUGUGAUACUAAGCCAGAUCCUGGGUUUCAUUUAGAAGUCUUAAAGGCGAAACAUAAAAAUAACACAUAUCGUGCAAGUGUGGCCAUUGUUACGUCAGGAGAUAUGGUGGCAGAUUUUUGCAGAAGUAUUUGUAAGAAAUUAAUGGUGUGCCCAAAUUUAUUCGGUCCAUUACAUAUAUCAGAAAACGAAUGUCCAGAUGAAUGUUAUAAAACAUCAAAAACAAAAUUUACAACAACAGUUGGAACUGGUAAAAGAGGAAAACCAAAAGGAUAUACGAGUAUCAUGGUACAAAAACCGAAACCUUGGGGUAGAAGGCGUAAAAGGCGGCGUGGUAGAUGGGCGAAUAAACACAAAGGGAUUCAAGAAGAUUACGAUCAGGAAGAUGAAAUACCGUUUAUGUCGUUAGAUCUGGCAAAGCAUAUCUCGGAGAACCUUAUUGACGAGUCAAUUGAAUUCGAUGGAAGACAACCGCUCUCAGAAAUAGAUAUUAUGAUACAGAAAGGUUUAGAGAAAUCCGACAAAUCAGACGACUUUAAAACUGAAAUAGCUUCUAGUAACGCUUCGGAAGAUUCUGGUAGUUCGUUUAAUGAUAGAAAAGCCAAGGACCGAGAAUUGCCCAGUCCUUCGAAUUUGACCUCGAGGCAACAUUUUACGAGAUUCGGUCAAAAUACGGGAAUCACUAGAGGGACUAAAAGAGAUUGGGACACGAGCAUAGAGUCCGAUUGUUCUGAGGCAGAUGCCGAAUAUCUGAAAUUGCAAAAGACACAACGGCGACCAAAGACCCGAAAACUCGAUUCAAAUCCAUUGUAUUGGAGCGUAGAUGACGUGUUUCGGUAUCUAAGAAAAACGAACGAUUGCAAAGAUAUUGCGUAUCGCGUCAAGGAAGAGGAAAUUGAUGGUCUUGCAUUUUUAUUGCUGAAUCUUCCCUCCCUUACCCAGCAUAUGAAACUACGAACGAGUUUAGCCAUGAAACUAUGUCGACACGUUGAACAAGUCAAAGUUACAUUUUUCCUGCGACACAUUCACGAAGUAGAGCCCGAGCAAUAUCAAAUUGUUUAAUCAAUUUUAUCAAUAAAACUUUUAUUCACAAUGUGCACUAUAUACAUAUAGCUAUACCAGGAUUGACAAAUAUAAAUCCAGAUUGUUAAAAAAUUUUGUAUCUUACGUUACAUCGAUAUUUAUUGCUAUUUUAUUUUUAUUGUGACCAAAGUAUGCAAAGUUUUCUUUAAAGCUCGGAUGAUUAUUGAAAAGUACAAGGAUGUAAAUUCACAUUGUGAAUAAAAUUGAUGUAUCAAUUUGUACAUAAAAGUAUUAUACAGGGUGGAUUACACAAUUAUUACAGUUUAAUAUCUUGAGAACUAUAUUUAUAUUUUAAUUCUUAUUUUAAAUUCCUUAAUUUUCAGGGCAUUUUACCUUUGUUAAGACUGAUUCUUUUUUUAUCUAUUUUAAGAGAUAAGCCAGGGGCAACUUUAAAAUUUUAAAUAGGUUUAUAUAAAACUAAUUGUUUUCUUUCUAAUGCACUUUAGACAAGUAACAUUUAUAUCAUAUACAAAUAUUUUUUAAAAUUAUUUUUUAAAUUAAAUUACAAAGUCCAAAGUUCAAGGUGAAAUGAUAAGACUAAAUUAAGGUAUAAACUGAAAAAAAGUAAAAUAUAAAAUGACAUUGUAAUUUAAUUUAUUAAAUACUCAAAAUGUUAAUAAUUUGCUAGUAAAUGUUUUGUAUUUUAGGAUUCUUAAUUAAAAUAAUUGAAUUAAAGAUGAUCAGUUUUAAGUUUUGCAGAUAGCAAUUCAUAAAUUUAACCGACUAAUUUUCAAAUUAAUCGUAAUUGAUGAGAUCAACUCAAGAAUAAAUUUGAGGAAAUUAAAAUAUUAAUCACGUAAUUCUCAAGAUAACUUAUAAUAAUUUAUGUAGAUCCCUCUAUAUAAGAUCUAUUAUGUAUUCUUGUUUCAAAACAUAAUAAAUAAAAAAAUGUAAAAAAUA